AUAGACACGGGCGUGCGCAUCCCUGGUCUUCCUCUCCGACGACAAAGAGAACUGCGCGCACACGUCUGCGGGUCGUGCAGACGGACGGACGGACAGGUGUGUGGAAGGAUGCGCGCGCAGCCUCACCCUCACCCUCAGCCUCAGCAUCAGCAUCAGCAUCAGUAGCAGCAGCAGCGCGGUGAUCUGGAACCAGCGGCAGCACGGAGCAGGGCCGGACCCGGACCCGGACCAGGAGCGAGCAGGACCGCAGACAUGAGCUGCAACUGGGGCACCGAGCUGUGGGAUCAGUAUGACCUUUUGGAGAAACACACCAGUUGGGGCAUCGACUUCCUGGAGAGAUACACAAAGUUUGUGAAGGAACGAGCUGACAUUGAGCAGAGUUACGCCAAACAGCUCAGGAGUCUAUCUAAGAAGUACCAUCCCAAGAGAAGCAAAGAAGAAGAGAGCAGGUACACCUGGUGUUUGGGGUUCGUAGCCACUCUGCAGCAGUUGACUGAGGUGGCCGCUCAGAGGGAAGAGCUGGCGGAAAACCUGACCAUGCAGAUUGUCUGUGAACUGUCGCGAUACACUCAGGAGCUGAAGACCGAGAGAAAGAGUCAUUUCCAGGAUGGCCGGCGUGCUCAGCAGCACAUUGAGAGCUCCUGGAAGCAGCUGGAGUCUAGCAAACGUCGGUUUGAACGAGACUGUAAAGAAGCGGAGCGAGCUCAACACGUCUCAGACAAGAUCGACAUGGACAACAAGACGGAAGGAGAGAAGCGAUGUUCACUGAAGGCUCGCCAAACCGCCCAGCAGAAACAACAAGCUGCUGAAGAGUCCAGAAAAGACUACAUGACCAGUUUAAACCAAUUCAAUCAGGAUCAGCACCAGCACUACCACACCCUGGUACCAGUAAUAUACCAGCGCAUUCAGGACAUGGAGGAGCGACGGAUAGAAAGAGUGGGUGAAGCGAUGCGUUUGUCAACAGAGGCUGAGAGAAAAGUUCUUCCUGUAUUGAGUCGAUGUCUGGAUGCCAUGAUGGAUGCUGCGGAGAGCAUUCAGCCCAGGAAGGACACUCGUCAGGUGGUGGACCUCUACAAAUCUGGCUUCGACCCCCCAGGAGACAUAGAGUUUGAAGAUUACAGGGCCACCAUGAGGCGGAGCAUCUCUGAAUCCAGUUACCUCGAUAACCGAACCGAGGCGCGGAGGCAAAGCAGAAAGCUGUGGCCGUUCUUACGAAAAAACAAGUUGCUGACGCUCCUGUCAUCCCCUCGGCAGCCUCCUCCUCCACCCCCUACCUCACCUUUACCUGGGGGCGUAGUUAACACUCCAGAGUCCCCACCUCCGGCCUCCAAGGAGCCCAUCGCGCAGCGGCUCAAUGACUUCAUGAGCUCUGGUUCCAGAACCAGGAAGCAGUGUCUCCGCAGCCUCAAGAGAGGGCUGUCACUUAAACUGGGCUCCAGUCAAGCAGAUGGCAGCAACCUUCCUCCGGAGCAGAGACGCAAGAAACUUCAGAGCAGAAUCAACAGCCUCAACCAGGAGAUACAGAGACAAAGAGAGCAGAGAGAUGCUCUGUUGAAGAUGAAGGAAGUUUACGAGCGGAGUCCUCAGAUGGGCGAUGCCAGCAGUAUUGAUUCUCGAAUGGAGGAAGUGAAGCAGAGCCUGCAGAGACUGGAUGAGGAACUUAGGAGGAACCAGGCCUGGUUGGUGGAGGUGGACAGCAAAUCAACAAACAGCAGCAGAAGACAGAGUGGAGGUUGUGGGUUGAAUUCUCAGGCAACAACACCAGGCAGCAGUAGCUUGAAGCAGCUGGACAACCGCAGUCCUGCCAGCAGAGAGAGUCCUGACGGCAGUUACACAGAGGACCACAGCGCAGAGCUUCACUUCAAGUCUCGUAGCUCAGAGUUCGAGGAUGACUUUGAUGAUGAAGAACCACUGCCGAGCAUCGGGACCUGCAAGUCUCUUUACCCGUUCCAAGGUCAGAAUGAAGGAACGCUGACAUUGGUGGAAGGAGAACUACUUUCUGUAGUGGAAGAGGACAAAGGUGAUGGCUGGACCAGAGUGCGGAGGAACCUGGAUGAGGAGGGAUAUGUCCCCACAUCCUACAUCAAAGUCUUCCUGGACAGCAGCGCCAAAGGCUUUGUGCAGAACAGUCGACUCGUCUAGCUCAGCUGUCGACCAUUGAGGACAUCUCGCCUCAGGAAGUGAUGUAAAGAGCUCAGAGGAGGUCUGGUGACAGAUUAAGCCUCCAGAUUUUUGGACCAAUCAGGCGUCAGAUGGCUUUGAUGUGUGACAGUUGUUUUCCCUGACUACUGAUUGAAGUUUACUGAAUGUCUUCAUGAGUUUUCAUUUAAACAAAUGUUAUGGGGGUAUGAUACUGUCUUUAAUCAAGAGCAUACUUUUUAUAUUUGAGAGCAUUAGUCAGUGUUUUCACUUUUUUUCAAUUCAAUUCAAUUCAAUUUUAUUUAUAUAGCGUCUAAUACAACAAAAGUUGUCUCUAGGCGCUUUCCAGAGACCCAGAACAUGAACAU